GUGACCGGAAGUCCCCACACGCUCGCUGUGAUUGGCUGCGGCGCCGGAUGGCGGCACCGGGUCCCCAGCGCGGCUGGUUCGUUUUCGGGUUCCGGGGCUUCGCGGAGCCUCGCGGCGGCGGGGCCCGGCGGGUGGAGCCGGAGCCGGGCGGGAUCCGCGUGGUGCGGCCCGCGUGGAGCUACACGGGCCUGGUGACGGGGCGCGGCCGCUUGGUGCUGCGGGGGCGGCUGGCGGGGGCACUGCCCGGGCACUGCCAGGACCUGCUCCCCUCCGAGAGCCACGUGCUGCUGCUGCGCGGGGCGGCGCUGGAGGCCUGGGCACGGGGCGCGGGGCUGUGUGAGGGGCCCGCCUGGCAGCAGCAGCUGCACCCAGGGGACGUGGCCGGGCCCCUGCCCCUGGCCCCCCGUGGCUACGUGACCCCGUGGCCGCCCUUCCUGUGCCCGCUGCCACCGGCGCUGCGGGCCCAGAAGCUGGUGCUGGGCCACGAGCAUGUGGUGCUGCUGGGCCGUGCCGGGAUCAUCUACACCUGGGGCUGCGGCAGACAUGGGCAGCUGGGGCAUGGGGGGCUGGAGCCUGUGUCAGAGCCCCGGCUCGUGGAGGCCUUGCAUGGCAUGCCCAUGGGGGACGUGGCAGCUGGAGGCUGGCAUUCUGUCAGUGUCAGCGAGGGAGGUGAUCUCUAUGUCUGGGGCUGGAAUGAAUCAGGGCAGCUGGCACUGCCUUCCAAAGCACUGGCAGAGAAAAGGGCAUCAGCCACAGCCUCUGGCUCCCAGCAUGAGGAACCCUGCGCCGGAGAGGCAGAGCUGAAAUUGGUCAAUCACGAGGCAGCACUGGGUGCUGAAGCAGCUGACUUCAUUUCAAUCCAGGCCUUCCCUGCUUUGCUGGAUCUACCUGAGGGGUCAGAGGUCAGCAAGGUCAGCUGUGGCUCCCGCCACACUGCUGCUGUGACCCGUGAUGUUCCAGUGAGAAACCUCAGGAGGAAAUACGCCCUGAAUUAACCACCCUGCCUCAGGAGAGCUGUUUGAACUGACUGCCCCAGUGCAGGUCUGUGACACUCAGCCCCAUGGUCUAAGUGGCUAAAGCAGCGUGAGUAACAUCCAGCCUGUGCCAGGGUGAAGCAUACACAGAAGAAUAAAAUGGGGGGGGGGGGGAGAGACCCUCUCUCCUGUGGCCCCCACAGCUGACUCUUGCUGUUUGCUUACAGGGACUGGGGAGCUCUACACCUGGGGCUGGGGUAAGUAAGGAUGGUGCACUGCUUUUCAGGCUUGUAAAUGCUCCUACACCAGAAAAAAGGGCUAAAAACCAGUAGAGUCCUUCCAGGACCAGGGCCAAGUAUGGCUCCAGCUGCUCAGGGCUCUGCAUGAGAGAAGGUAGCACCCUCUGUGGGGGGGCUGGGGCUACAGAAUUGCUGCUGCAUGUUGUGGGGAGGAGCUGGCUGCACCUGCCUACUGUAAGCGGCUCUGUUUUUGUCGGCAGGCAAAUAUGGACAACUUGGCCACAAUGACACAGCGAGCUCUGACCAGCCACGACAGGUUGGCUAUUUCCCUGCAAAUGGGCUCAUGGUGGAGGAUGUGGUCUGUGGCCCAUGGAACACUUACGUUGGUGCUGUGGAGAAG